GGGCGGGAGCGGCGCAUGGCGGGCUGAGGGAGCGCCGGCCGGGCCGGGGAUUUAGAUGUCUCAAUGGAUACAUGGAGCUACUUUCAUACUUGCCUGGCGUCCAUAUGGCUGCACAGAUUUUACAUCUACUCCGCUGUUGCUUUGGGGAUCAGCCUGUGGAUUGUCAUUCAGUUCACCACCACCAAAACCAAAAAGAAGGGUGAAAAAUCCAGUGGGAAUCCCACUUCCUCCAGAGGGACAGAGGACAAGCUGGUAAAUGGAUGUGCCACCCCUCAGGCAAAGGAGGUGUAUGUUGCUGGAGUGAAGAUCUUCUAUGGGUCUCAGACUGGUACAGCAAAGAGAUUUGCCAAAGCUCUGGCUGAAGCUGUUACUUCCCUUAAUUUGCCUGUGGAAGUCGUUAACAUGGGAGACUGUGACCCAGAUGACUGUUUAGCAGAGGAGGCAACCAGCAGGAAUGUCUGUGUGUUCCUGGUGGCCACGUACACGGACGGGCAGCCCGAGAGCGCGGCCUGGUUCUGCAAGUGGCUGGAAGAGGCAGCCAAUGAUUUCCGUGUGGGGAAAACCUACCUGAAGGGGCUCAGAUACGCCGUGUUUGGCCUGGGGAACUCGGUGUAUGUGGAUCAUUACAACACAGUUGGCAGGAGGGUGGACAGGUGGCUGUGGGUGCUCGGUGCCAGCCGUGUGAUGACGCGCGCCGAGGGCGACUGCAACGUGGCGCGGAGCAGGCACGGCAGCAUCGAGGGCGACUUCGAGGCCUGGAAAGCCAAAUUCCUCACUCGGCUCCAGGCCCUCUGCAGAGGGGAGAAGAAGCCCUGCAGUGGGAAGUGCAAGAAAGGGAAGUGCAAAUCCCCAGGGAAGCAGAGCAAGGAGAGCUCGGAUCAUGAACACGGGGCGUCGGAGCACGAGAACACUGAGGCAGAGGAAUUGUUUGAAACCAGUAGUGAGGAGGAAGCUGAUGCUGAGGAAGCUGGAGGCACAAAUGCUGUCAUUGAUGUAGAAGAUCUCGGCAAUAUCAUGGGUCACAUGAAGAAAGCAAAGGGAGAACAUGAACUCCAGGAAGGAGAUGUUGGAAGGAGAGAGAACCCUGGCAGGAAGGAGGAGGAGAAGAGGGAGAUGAUAACGCCGGCCCUGAGGGACGCGCUCACCAAACAAGGUUACAAACUCAUUGGGAGCCAUUCCGGGGUGAAGCUCUGCCGCUGGACAAAGUCGAUGCUCCGGGGCCGAGGGGGCUGCUACAAACACACCUUCUACGGGAUCCAGAGCCACCGCUGCAUGGAGGCCACGCCCAGCCUGGCCUGUGCCAACAAGUGUGUCUUCUGCUGGAGACACCACACCAACCCAGUGGGCACAGAGUGGCGCUGGAAGAUGGACCAGCCGGAGCUGAUCCUGCAGGAGGCGAUUGAGAACCAUCAGAACAUGAUCAAGCAGUUCAGAGGUGUGUCAGGAGUGAAGGCUGAUCGCUUUGAGGAGGCCCUGACAGUGAAACACUGUGCCCUGUCCCUGGUGGGGGAGCCCAUCAUGUACCCCCAGAUCAACCGCUUCGUGAGGCUCCUGCACCAGCACAGCAUCUCCAGCUUCCUGGUGACCAAUGCACAGUUCCCAGAGGAGAUCAGGAGCCUGGAGCCAGUGACCCAGCUGUAUGUCAGCGUGGAUGCCAGCACCAGGGAGAGCCUGAGGAGAAUCGACAGACCCCUCUUCAAGGACUUCUGGCAGAGGUUUCUGGACAGUUUAAAGGCCUUGGCUGAAAAGGAACAGCGCACAGUUUACAGGCUGACCCUGGUGAAAGCCUGGAAUGUGGAUGAACUCAAAGCUUAUGCUGAGCUGAUAUCCCUUGGAAAACCAGACUUCAUCGAGGUCAAGGGCGUGACCUACUGUGGAGAAAGCUCUGCCAGCAGCCUCACCAUGGCCAACGUGCCCUGGCACGAGGAGGUGGUGGGGUUUGUGCAGGACCUGGCUGAGCUCCUGCCCGACUACGAGAUCGCCUGCGAGCACGAGCACUCCAACUGCCUGCUGCUGGCACACACCAAGUUCAAGGUGGAUGGCGAGUGGUUCACCUGGAUCGACUACGAGCGCUUCCAGGAGCUGGUGCGGGAGCGCGAGCGGAGCGGCGGCUCCAGGACCUUCACAGCGGCCGAUUACACGGCCAGGACUCCCCCCUGGGCUCUCUUUGGGGCCAGGGAGAGGGGCUUUGACCCCCUGGAUGUCAGAUUCCAGCGCAGGAACAAGGCCCGGGACAUCUCCGGCUGCUGAGCUUUGGGACUCCAUUCCCGGCUGACACCGAUUCUGGAUCUUUCCAUCCACCUUAUCCCACAAGUGCUGUUGAGCAGGAGGGUCAAGCCUUGAUUUAACCCUUCCUUCCUGGUUUUAGGGCUUCCUGGAGGAAAAUAUUUAUAACAUUCCUCUCUCCCAAAUCAGAAGUGGUUCAUGGCAGUGAUUUCUCAGCAUGGGGGAGGCAGCGGCCGGGGCCACGUUUGGAGUUGGAUGUGCUUUGGGGUUGGAUGUGGAGCAGGAGCAUUCCUUGGAUUCCAGUGCCCUGUGUGAGGAGAGCCUGGCACAUCUGGCCCCCAGCUUGGCAGCAAAAACCACAUCCACAAGGAAAAUUCCAUAUCCACGAGGAGGAGUGCACAGGGAUUUCAACCCCACGAGCUUGUUGGCUCAGGGCAGGUGUUGGACUGAAGAACCUGAGCCCUGCUGGGAAUAUCAUUGUAUGGACUUAGUUCCUGUAAAAACCUCAUCCCAUGCUAGAAACUUGGGAAUGCUGUGAGGAACAGCCCCCCUGUUGACACCAGCUGUGAUUUCUGAUACCUCUCCAAGUAUCUUCCAGCUUCCUGGGUUUGGGAGUGGAUGUUCCUGAGCAGUGUUAUCCCACUCCCAGCUGCCCUGAACAACAGGUACAAUCCCUCAGAGCCCUGGCUGUGUGUGCCCAGUGUCCAUGGGAGCUGGGCAUCAGGCAUGGAGCUCCCCCUGCUCCCCUGGGAAGCUCCACAGCCUCGUUGCUGCUGGGGAUGGGAGAACCGGGUGGAGAUGGAAACCAGACCCAGUCCAGGUCUCUGGGCUCAAGAAGCCCAACUGUUCCCCUUUGGAGAGGUGACAUCCAGCCACAAGGCCAGGUGACAGUCCCCAGGGGUUGCUCUUGGAUGCUCUGGAAGUGCUGGAGCCUGGCUGGAAAAUGGCUUUUAAAUAAGGAGGGAAUUCCCUUUCCCUCCUCGCUGCAUCCCCAAGGGUUGGAGCCUCUGUGUGCCCUCAGUUCCCACAUGGCUGAACCAGGCAAGGCUCUGCCCCUUCCCAAGUGGCCUCCCACACCUCUUCCCUGGCUCCCACCCCUGGGCACCCCCUCCUUGGGCACCCCCUCCUCCCUCAGGGCUGCAGGUUCUGCUCCAGCCAAACCCGUCCCAGGAACCGCCUGAAGCAGCAGCAGGAACAGUUGAAUUCACACCCAGAGCUGGAGGUGGGAACACCCCUCAAUCCUGCUCUCAUGGGGGUCUGUGAGGUCCCUAAACCUGCUCAUCCCACGGAGCUGUGGGUGCUGAGAGUCCCUGGAAUGGUGAUUUUCUUUCUUUUUUAAAAGCAACCCCGUUUCUUAAGCUGUAAAAAGUGUUUCUAAAGAAGAAAGGCAAUAAAGUAAUUUUGCCCAGAGCACCUUUGGUGUGUGGCUGCUGUGCAGGGCUUUGUGAGGUGGGGACAUUAAAUUGAU